AUUUAAUAGAGAGUCAGAUACAGAGCGCAUUCCCACAGUAAACCCAUCACUCUCUCUCUCUCUGAGGCAAAGCCAAAAAAAUCAUCAGAUCUUCCCACCGAAAGCAGCCCUUUCGAUUUGCUUCGUGCUUAGAGCUUAAACAUGGUUGGAAUCUUCUCAAGGUUCUCCUCCAGGAACGGUCAUCGUCGCGCUCAAAGUGCAAUUGAUGCAAGGGAAGGGUUGCCUUCAGCUUCAGAGGCAACAACGGGUGCCAUUGCAACAGCUGCAUCUAUAUCUUCUGUCACCCAUGGUAUUGAAAUCGCAACCGAGUUUAAGCCAAUCGAUCGCCCCUUAGAGCCUCUUGACAAUGACCAACCAGUUCAGUGCCCGUUGCCCGAGCCAUCAAUUCUCAAUGACGGAAGAAUAUGGAAGGAGAGAGUAUCUUCUGUUUCACAAAGGAGGAGUGAUACGCCGGCCAUGCAGAAGCGAACCUCAACCGGAUCUGAUACUCUCUUGAGAAAACCUCCGCUAGUGCCAUCAAUCAGUGCCCCGGAGCAUAAUAUGCUAAAAUUGCUAGACGAGUGCAAUGCAUCUGGGGUAUAAAGUUACAAUAAUUGAUCACAAUCUCUUUUGCAGAAUAGCUGUACAAAGCCUUGAUCAUCUUUUCAUUUGUAGCCUUGCCUCUUUAAUAUAUCACAUCCAGUUCCACUCGUUUCAUGUCAUUUUGAAUGAGAAACAUGUCUCAGAAUUUCCUACCUCAGCUAAUGGUUGCUGCAUCUCAAUUACAUGGUACUACUCUGAGGUACAAUUUACAGACAACUCACGAGGAGCAAUUACAGAAGCACAAGUACACAUCACAGUUGCUCCGCCUGUGGGGUUGACUUAGUAUUGUAUGUUCGAUGGUUCAUCAAUGGCUUCCUCUACCGAUGCAGCUUGCCCGCCUUCCCGAGCACCCCACGAGUGCUUAUGGUGGUUGAGAAGUAGAUGAAACAGCAAAAAGGCUCCUUUUUUUUAUGGCAUUUUGAAGGUGGAAGUGGCACAUCAUGGAGAUAUGAUAUCACAUUUUGCUACAUCUUUUAUUGAUUUGCCUUCUUGGUUAGGUCCUUUUGGUAUCGGUGCCGUGAUUUUAUUUGGGAACUCAACUAGUUGAGUGUACGUAACGAUUUGUUUUCUAUGCAAUCAGAUAUGUUAAUUAAUGAUAGUAAUUAUAAUAACACUAGUAUAUUUGAUUUCGGAACA